CAUUGAUAUCUCGCCUGGAAGGAAAUAUCCAAGAAUCCCUAGAACUCUUCCAGACAUGUGCAGUUCUUAGCCCUCAGAGUGCAGAUAACCUCAAGCAGGUGGCCAGAUCUUUGUGAGUAUUGGCAACCUGGAGGCCCUAGGGCACUCACAGAGAACAUUGUAAAAUGCAUUCUUAGGUACAGCCUGCUGCUGGCAGCCGCAUCAGCCUGAUACACAAGUGGGGAAUGGUUUAAUAGGUAUAAUGGGAUUCACUCUGAAGAGCAUGGAUUAAGUUUGAAAUUUGAGAUAACUAGUGUUAAGGAACUAAGCCUUUUAAACACUGUGCAUUCUAGUUUGAUGGGGGACCGAUAUUGUUUAUCAUGUAAAUAGAGACACCUUGUACCCUAAGUCUUCUAAACUUAUUGGCAGUCCUUGGAAUUUUUCUCAUCUUCUCUUCUAACACUUAAUAUUUGUCACACAGUAAGUUUUUAGUAAGGACAGAGAGUUCCUGACUUCUGAUGGCUCAACUUACAUAAUUUGUCAACUUUACAAUGAUGUAAAAUUGUUUUGUAUUCAGUAGAAACUGUACUUCAAGUAUCUAUACAGCCAUUCUGUUUUUCAUUUUCAUAGUAUUCAGUAAAUUACGUGAGAUAUUCAGUAUUUUAUUAUAAAAUUGGCAUUAUGUUAGAUGAUUUUGCCCAACUGUCAGCAAAUGUAUUUAAGAAAGUGGAGAUAGGAACUCCAUGGAACAGAGUAGGUGUUCUGAGCAUGCUUAAGAUAGGCUAGGCUAUCUAUGAUGUCUGGUAGAGUAGAUGUAUUACUUGCAUUUUUGAAUUACAGUAUUUUCAAUUUACAAUGGGUUUACUGGGAUGUAACCCCAUCAUAAGUUGAGGAGCAUCUCUAUUUGUUGAGUGAAUGUCCUAAAGGUUCCUAGAUGGAAAGAAUCUCAAGUCUUUAUAAACUACUAGGUACUCCCUUUUCAGUCCUUUGUUCCAUGGAGUUCCUAUCUCCCCUUUCUUAGUCACAUUGCCAUUCAUACCUGUGUUGUUUUUGCAUAGAGCUUGGUUUUCCCUGUUUCUCUCUAAACUCAGGAUCCAGUAUCAUGGAAAGAGACUUAGUCUUGGAAGGAAAGGACAUGUCCCUAAUGGGUGUUGAUAAAUGAUGAUAGUUACUGCUUAACAUGGUAUAUCAUUAGGCUUAUUUCUUUUUUUGGUCUGCAUUUAUAGUACAUUGUAGAAGGAAAAUUCCACAAGACUCUCACUAAAAUUGGUAUAGAAUGAGACCAAGGCCUUGGAACAGCUGCCAGUGCAAUCCCUACUAAGAGAGCUUCCGCUGUUGGUGUAUAGCAGCUUCACUGACCAAACCAGCACAACCAGCUCAUGGAGAAAAGGCUUCUAGAAUUCUCUGCUGGAUGAAAUAUGAAUUUCUUUUGGGAAAACAUAAAGCUGCCAUUGAAGUAUAUAAUGAAGCAGCUAAACUCAACCAGAAAGAUUGGGAGAUCAGCCAUAACCUAGGAGUUUGCUACAUAUACCUGAAGCAGUUCAACAAGGCACAAGACCAGUUGCACAAUGCCCUGAAUCUUAAUAGGCACGAUCUGACUUACAUAAUGCUGGGGAAGAUCCACUUGCUGGAGGGAGACUUGGACAAGGCCAUUGAAAUCUACAAGAAAGCAGUGGAGUUCUCACCAGAAAAUACACAGCUUCUUACAACUUUAGGAUUACUCUACUUACAGCUCGGCAUUUACCAGAAGGCAUUUGAACAUCUUGGCAAUGCACUGACUUAUGACCCUACCAACUACAAGGCCAUCUUGGCAGCAGGCAGCAUAAUGCAGACCCAUGGGGACUUUGAUGUUGCCCUCACCAAAUACAGAGUUGUGGCUUGUGCUGUUCCAGAAAGUCCUCCACUCUGGAAUAACAUUGGAAUGUGUUUCUUUGGCAAGAAGAAAUAUGUGGCGGCCAUCAGCUGCCUGAAACGAGCCAACUACUUGGCACCCUUCGAUUGGAAGAUUCUGUAUAAUUUGGGCCUUGUCCAUUUGACCAUGCAGCAGUAUGCAUCAGCUUUUCAUUUUCUCAGUGCGGCCAUCAACUUCCAGCCAAAGAUGGGGGAGCUCUACAUGCUCUUGGCAGUGGCUCUGACCAAUCUGGAAGAUAUAGAGAAUGCCAAGAGAGCCUACGCAGAAGCAGUCCAUCUGGAUAAGUGUAACCCUUUAGUAAACCUGAACUAUGCUGUGCUGCUGUACAACCAGGGUGAGAAGAAGAACGCCCUGGCCCAGUAUCAGGAGAUGGAGAAGAAAGUCAACCUACUCAAGGACAAUAGCUCUCUGGAAUUUGACUCUGAGAUGGUGGAGAUGGCUCAGAAGUUGGGAGCUGCUCUCCAGGUUGGGGAGGCACUGGUCUGGACUAAACCAGCUAAAGAUCCCAAAUCAAAGCACCAGACCACUUCAACCAGCAAACCUGCCAGUUUCCAGCAGCCUCUGGGCUCUAAUCAAGCUCUAGGACAGGCAAUGUCUUCAGCAGCUGCAUACAGGACGCUCCCCUCAGGUGCUGGAGGAACACAGUUCACAAAGCCCCCAUCUCUUCCUCUGGAGCCAGAGCCUGCGGUGGAAUCAAUUCCAACUGAAACAUCAGAACAAAUGAGAGAGAAAUAAGAAUAGAAUGAAUGACCCCAAAAUAGGGUUUUCUUGGGCAAGGAUCUGCUGGAUUAGGAAAGGUGACAUGACACAGGCAGAGUGGCACCCACCACAGAAUACAGUGUGUGUUAUGAUUACGAGGAGCCAGCAGUUGAGCCUAAGGUCCUUCUGCCUACCUGGUAUUGGCAUUUGAGGUCGGAAACCCUCUAUUGCCCCAUAAGCUAGGAAAAGUGAAAAGACAACACAGUUCCUUUAAGAACUGGCAGCAAGGCUUGAGGCUCUGUGUAUGUAGCUGAGUCAGCAAGGUACAUGAUGCUGUCUGCUUUCAAAAGGACUUUUCUCUCCUAGCUGACUGACUCCUUCCUUAGUUCAAGGAACAGCUGAGACAGACCUCUGCUGAGUAGCCCUGUGAUGACAAAGCCUUGGUUUAACUGAGGUGAUCCUCAGGUUGUGAGGUUUUAUUCGUCCCCAAGGCAAACACAAAUAUUAGAUUAAUAAUCCAACUUUAAUAGUAUACAUUUAAAAGAAAAAAAACAAAAGCCCUGUAAGUUGAGGCCCAGCCUGCUGAGUAUUGCAGCUGCAUUUGCCUAAAGGGAAUCCAGAACAAGUCCCUCCCUGUAUUUUGUUCUUGAGAGGGGUCAGUUUAGGAGCUAGAUCCUAUCAGUAUGAGGAGGAGCAGCCCAGGGCUUGUCUGGAUCAGCACCAACGAUUUUAAAGAAAAAAGGAAGAGUUUCUUAGAUGAGUAAUUGUUAUUGAAGAUAGUCAGUGAUAACCACUGACCAGAUGCUAUCAAUACACUAUGUGUCCUUUUUAGAAUAAAGAUUACGUAUCAUCAUUCCUUUGGGGAAAACUGUUACUCAGGUAUAAAAACGAGAUCACAAUAAAAACCUAAAAGAACCUA